CCUUACUAAAACAAAGCCAAAUCAUCAGUGAAUUAGCCGGUAAACUUCGCAAAGAAGCUAAUAAGUUAAUAAGUGGUGAAAUUGAAACUAUCGACCAAGUUCAACUUUUAAAAGAUUUAGAACAGUUAAGAAUAGCUAAAAGCUAUAUGCGUGGAAUUAGAUUUGCUAACUUUUAUCAUGUUUUAAAUGGUGAAGAGCCUCGUUCUAAUACUACGGAACCCUUUGAAGUAGAAAAAUGA